AUGCCGAAGCGAUCCCAUUUGGAAGCUGCCUUGGGCCGCCAGAGCGAAACCAGUCUUUGGCGCGCUCGGGCUCUCGACCAGGCAGCCGACGACAGCCCAAGCCGGCCCAAACAGCGAAGUGGUGCAUGGAAGCGAAAGACCGCGCAAAUCCUCGCACCCUUUCGUCGAGCAUACACUACAAUCCAGUUGCCGGCAGCAACUGCCGGCGAGGAUGAUGUGGUGUGCGUUUUUGCCGAUGUGAAAGAAAUGCUUCGGCUGUGUGUGGCCAAGUGCCCCUGCAUCGGCCAAGUCAUCGCAAGAGCUGAGCUUCGUGACGAAGCCUUGCAAGUUUAUUUCUGCCAAGACGAAUGCACAGCAGGAAACGUGCUGGCGACCGAGGCCAGGCAGAAACUGACUUUGCUUUACUUGACUUUCAAGCAAUACGGGGAUGCUGUGCAGUCGCAAAUAGCCUGGUUCCCCAUCUCCUGCGCGAGCAGAGAUCAAAUCCACAACAUCCUAGGAGGAACCGCCCGCCUCACUGUUGGCUGGCUCCGAGAGUGGCAUCGACAAAGCCUCUCGACGAGCUGGCAGUGCGGACCGCACCACUGCCGGCUAGAGUUGACCGGUUGGGUUUCUGACUUUGAUGCACUACGGCUAUCCUUUGAUGCCAAGGGCAGCGCUGGUUUGCGACCUUGCUUCCUGUGCCAGAAUGUUGUUUCGAAGCGGACGGAAGCACCGGCAGAAGACGACCGCUUCGUGCCUGUGAGCGAAAGCAACCCCAGGAACUUCGUGCUCAACAGACAAGACGACGUGGUGCAGUUCAUGCAGGAUAGUCUGCAUCUUGUGCCACGCCUGUCAAAAGCAGACGUCGCCAUGCGCGAAACCUGCUCUGGCUUUCGCUUGAGGUCCUGCAGCAUUUGGUCCUGCCCGCUCAGCCGGCGCUUGCUGCGCUUGGACAUGAUCAUGAAUGAUAGCAUGCACGCUUACUUUGCAGACGGUAUCGCUAGCCAGGAGUUGAUUCUGAUCUGGAACAAAGUAAACGAAGUCACGGGAAUGUCUCUCAAGGACCUGGAAAAGGCGGUGCUUGAAGCUGGCUGGAGUCGACCCGCUGUUCGCCGAAAGCACGGAGAAACCAGAAGCUGGGUGCAGCGGCUUUUCAGGGAGAAGUUCUUUGCUGGCGAAGUUUACAAGGGUAGUGCGAGCGAAACGCAAGCCCUCGUGGUUUUGUUUCGCUGGUAUGCCAUCCAACUGCAAUGGCACCGCACAGAAGGAUUGCGAACGGUCACGGCGAGCUUUUUGCAGCUGUGCCGUUGCCGGGAUGCACUGCUGAGAGUAAACCAAACUAAACAUUGGUCGAAGCUCGACGAUGUGCAGCAAUCCCACAUGAGGGCCUUCAUGCUGGCACAUGCGGGACAUGAGAAACCCAAGCAUCACCACCGAAUGCACCUGCCAAAGCAUUAUGAGGCCAGCGGCAUGGUCUUAUCCUGCUAUGCAACCGAAGCGAAGCACAAGCUGUACAAAGGCCAGCUGGCAAGCUGCGUGCAGCAGUUUUUGACCAGCAGCAACGGCGGCUCGGAGCACGGAUUGCGCUCGAUGCCACGACUGCUUCUCAAGCAUUGCACACAAGCUGCAGACGAGCCCUUGCUGUUGUACGGGAAAUGGGAGAUUCUGGACCAGCUCAAGGAGAACGAGCUGCCGCCAGUGCGUCUGCCUGUCGGAGGGAUCUGCUACCGGCGUUUGCGAAUCGGCCUUUUGGAUAUUAGCCGCGACGAUAUCUUGCUUGCAGGCAGGGAAUACCAGCAAUCCGGCCUCUGUGACUCCUUUUACCGCGACCCUCGAGGCGAUUUGCAUGUCUGCUUCCAACCUUUGCUUCUGAGUUGGAAAGAUGAAGCACAUCUCAUCUUCAAUAAAGAUGGCCCAAAGCGCUUCGUUCUCUGGAGCGACCUGUACCAGCCUGCCACGCCAACGUGGCAUUGCCGCGAGAAUGACAGUUUCCUGUGCAUACCCUGA